GCAGACCGCAUCAACCAACUGAAAACAAUCCAGUUUUAUCACCUCGACAAAUAUCCAACAUGGAACCUAAACACACUGUUGCUUCUAGUGGUGCCAGGCUCCCAAUCGAGAUUAUUUUGUUGAUAGUUGAGAGCUUGGUCCCUCAGAAUGAUGCGACACGACCGAUUCUCCCCGCAUCACAUCCUCUUACCAAAACGCUAUUGUCAUUGACGAGAGUGUCUAAGGCAAUAUAUCCUACUGUCUGCAAACUCAUCUGGCAAAAUUGUCUCUAUCUUGACACAAAGUCAAAACUCCGCAGGUUUAGACGAUAUAUCUCAAAAAAGAGCCCUAUCACCGGGCGAUUACCAUGCGACAUCUAUGGGUCAGCGCGACUAUACCUCAACCCAUUGCGUUACAAGUUUGAUACGGCUUCCACUUAUGAUACAAUUUCCCCAUCUGCUCGUCGCAAAAGCAGGCGGUCUGGCCGUAUCAACAAUGACUCGGACAGUAAUAUGUCAGGCGAUUUCAGUGAUGAUUUGAGCGAUGGGUCACAAACCCGCCGUAAUCGAGCAGCACCCAAAGUGUCUCGGUCAGAAUCUGCUGUGGACGAUGGAUAUUCUGAGCAUUCGAGGCACGACUGGGCAGGAUACCCUAUGCAAGACCUUCGAACGAUUUAUAUUCUUGAAGACGUUCUCAUCACUCUUGCACCAGUCCUCAAGACUCUCAUCGUGGAUAUGCCCUUGAGGGAUAUAGAUCCUUGGGAAGACGUAAUCAUUUUAAAGUCCCUCAGACAGGGCUUUGAGGCUCUGGUCAACGUCGAAGAGCUCAUCAGCGUCAAAGACGAAUUAUACCUUGGUGAGACUGCUAUUGGGCAAUAUCAAGUCUUUACCAAAUGGCCGAAACUGCGACGUUUAUGCCUGUAUAACGUCAUGAUGGAGGAGCAAUUGUGGAAAGAUAUGGCCUCGUGUCCACAAUUGGAAUCCGCUGUCUUCAUAAGACCUGAUCCUUCCGACGAUGACCUUUCAAAUGAUGAUAUCAAAGGAGGAUGGGCGAGAGCAUGGGCUACAGCAAACCAUCGAGACACGAAGCGUGACGGUCUAGUAUACGAAGAGCCUAAGAUGACAAUAGCUUUCUGCAACUGGCCACCCUACCUACCCGACUUCAACAGCAUGAUACCUCACUGGCAAGAGGUUGACCCCGACAAUAAAAUCAGCGUUUUGAAUGUGGCUACCCAUGCGAGAUAUGAUAGAAAGGCAAGAAAAAGGGGACCCAUUACCUCAUGCCAGGAUUGGGUCAGAGAUCACUCUUUGCUUGGUACAAUUUGGAGUGAAGUUGAGCGAAAAGGUCAGCCUGUAACUCCGCCAAUAGUGUUUGAGGAGGGCCAAGUUGAAGAAGACGAUGAUGAAUGGGUUGAUGACGAUGAUGGCGCGGACUGGAGUGAUGACGACGACUCCUCAUGGUGAUAAGUCUUACGAGAGACUUGAAGAAAUUCUGGCAGACUUCACCAAUUCAAGCUCAUUUUGUUGGUCAACUUGGCGCACAAAAGAAUCUCUGAAUUCUUUCGACAUAUGUCAACACUACCUGCUCACUGUGGCUUGUCCUUGGCCUCAUCAACCUGCAGCUCAAAGAAGCUCUCAAUCAAACUCAACGUGAUCAUAGCACUCGAGAACAAAAGCGAAACCUCGUCACCAAACUUGACAUCCUCCAACGGAUCCCUGACCAACUUCGCAUCACGAUCAGCAUCCAGCUGUCUCUUAGGCAUCUCCUCCGGCAGAGGAUGGAACGGAAGACCAGAUGGUAACUUCUGCGGCUCUUGGGGUUUAUCACCCGGAAAUCCACCAAAGACAUCACCGCCUUCUUUGGGAGUGUCGGGUUCUUUACUCAAGAGCUCAAUGGCUUUCUUGUAAGCUGCGUUGUCGGGUUCUUGCUUUUGAAGGCCCUCAAACAUCAGAUAUACUGCGCGGAUGACGCUCUCGAGGGCGCCGACGAUCCAUGCAUGGUGGGAGGAGGACGCUUCGCCGAUGAGGUACAGUUGGCCGUAGGCGUUGGGCUUGAUGAUCUCUGACCACAUGUUGGAGAAUUGACUUGGGCCGAAGUAUGCGAAAGCGCCAGACAUGUUCUCGUCUCUGUACCAAUCUCGCUCUGCUUUGAGUGCAACAGCGCAAGAUCAUGGAGAAGAACGGAGAGAAGCUGCUCUUCAUUCUUGGGCGUCUCGGGUGAGAUCAGAGAUCCAAUACGCUGCGCAUCCUGGCCCCAGGUGUAAGAGCACAGAAGAACAGCGGGCUUGUUAGGAUCCCAAUCCUGGCCUUCAUUGGACUCGAUGUUGUAGGACGGAUACACACAAACCCGGAGGGGAAGAUCAGUAUGCGCGAUACCACCCUUUUUGAUGUUGAAAGGGGCCUUCUGCCACCACGCGGUCUCAAACUUGAUACCAACCUUGCACGAAGCACCAUAUCCCAAAGCCCGAAUUGCCUGCUUCGUACCCCAAAGAAGACCCGCAUCCUUCAGAUCCAUUCUCUGAAGAGCACCAAGCGUGGUACUGUUGAACACAGCAAAGUACUCUUUAUCUUUGACAACUUGAUUCUUGUUAAUGCGGAUUUUCAUCGAAGUGUAGUCCUUGGGCUUGCGUUUCCUGCGCUCUUCGACUUGGGCGUCUAUGGCGACGACCUGGCUAUUGUACUGGACGGGUUGUUUAAUCAUUUUUGCCAUGCGGUGCGCGAUGGUUUGGGCGCCGCCGUCAAUGCACCACCAGUAGUUGGUGGGUUGGCCAUCGAUUGAUUUGGGAGUUGCGAAGUCGAGUUCUUCGAGAACGCAUUCUGUGAGGGAUUGGUCGUACCAUCCAGUGCCGCUGAGAAGGGUCAGUACAGAUGCGAAUGCGUUCUUGAGGGUUACUUACUAUGUGGCUGACUCGAGCCACUCGAUGGUGUUGUAGUUGUAUCCCGGUCCUUCGGGAAUAGGACCAGAGUUGUCCUUAGGGAUGCCCUCCCUCUUCUUCCUGUCACCAUCUCCCCUACCACGGCGUCAGUCUACUACAAAUGUCCACGUGCACUGGGCUACUCACGAAGCGAGAAACUGGCGAGUGCUAAGCUUAUCAGCCUCCAUGAGAAGGGCCCAAAGUUUAGUCGUCUCAGGUCCCUUUUCAUCAUUCUCGUCAACAGCUUUCUUGAACUUCUCCGCAGCCACCUUGAUGAAGUCCUCCAAGGCCUCACUGACUAGGUCUGAAGGGUUCACCUGGAGUAGGCUAUGUUAUUGUUAGUGACCUGCCGGGGAUGGAGGAAGUAGACGUACUGAACGGGGAUCUUGGCUUUAUCAGGAAGACCCUCGUUGAUCUUGAAUGGAUCAUCCGCUUCUGCGGUCCAAACAUUCCCGACGCUGGAAACAUCGUUGAAGUAUGUUGGGCACACAUUGUCCUCAUCUCCAAUAUAGUAUGGGAUCAGGCCACCUUUUCCGGGCUUGAGUCCGAUAUAAUUGAACAGCUGGAAGGUCCUGCAACAUGUGAGCAAUUGCGACACCAACGAUCCAUCGAGAGACUUACCUCUUCAUGAUGGUGUUGUUGGGGAAUCGCAUAGCGCCAACAUCAUAGUAAUCAUGCUCACCAUACGAAAACCGAUGCGUAUACAACCUUCCUCCCAGCCUAUUCAUCUUCGCCGCUUCCAUAAUGUCAUACUCAAUCUUCAAUCCCUCCUUUUCACACUGCUCAUUCAACCAGUCGAACACCAUAGCAGUGAAAAGGCCAGCGACACCAGCGCCGAUGAUACCAAUCUCAAGAUGGUUGGACUUUCUGGGGACGAAUCCAACACCAGUGAGCUUCUGGGUCUUGUCUAGGAUCUUACUAACGCCUUCAUCUUCAUGAACCUUCUUUGGGAAAAGCUCAGGAUGCUCCUGUUGAGCUUGGAUGACGCGCUUGGCUGCGGCUUGGACAUCAUCUUCGAAGCCUUUUUGGGCGACGUGUCGUGCCCACAUGUGCUUGAAGGCACGGGUAUGGAGGUGGUGUUCUUCAGCUGGGAGAGACAUGAUGAAGACAAUUGCUAUAUAUUUCUCUGCUUCAAUUGAAUGAGACUGGCUUUCUCGCUGGGAACAUGCGCUCUAUUUAUGCAGGACCUUUGGCUAAUGAGUCUGGCCAUGGAGGUUCCCAUCCGGAAAGCUCCAUCACAACACCAACAAAGUGGCUAGCUGAGCCAAGCAAUGUGAUGAGGGAGGAUGAAUCGACUGCAUUAUAGCAAACCCCGCUCAAAUUGAGACUUUCAUCACAUACCGUGGUGAGCUUUCCCCGCAGAUGACUGCGCGUCUUCUCACCAACGAAACUAUCGAUGCAGUCCAUCCAAGCCUAGAACACCAGAUCUCACGGGCCGUAGCCGUUCCUAGCGGCAUCAAUACGAACCGAGCGGCCCUUCAGCUCUCGGAAUAAUUGGGUGCUGUCCAAAUGUGGCUGGCCGGCAUGAGACUAUUGGCGACUAACGACUAAUACGGCC